GGGGCGGAAGUGGGGCUCCGACCAUGGACAGUGGUGAUGACAUUGAAGAUGUGUCUCUCUUUGAUGCAGAUGAUGAUGUUUCCAGGAGAUCCAAAAAGUCAAAAAUAAGGCACCCAGUGGCGUCAUUUUUCCACUUAUUCUUCCGAGUCAGUGCCAUCGUUGUGUACCUGCUCUGUGAGCUCUUAACCAGCAGCUUCAUUGCUUGCAUGGUGACCAUCAUCCUUCUCCUGUCCUGUGACUUUUGGGCUGUAAAGAAUGUCACAGGGCGGCUCAUGGUUGGCCUUCGUUGGUGGAACCAGGUGGAUGAUGAUGGCAGAAGUCACUGGGUGUUUGAAGCCAGGAAGGUGUCAGCACAAGGGGGUAGAACCUCAUCUGAGGCAGAGUCCCGAAUUUUCUGGCUAGGCCUGAUCACCUGCCCCAUGAUCUGGGUGAUCUUUGCCUUCAGCGCUCUCUUCUCUUUCAAAGUGAAGUGGUUGGCAGUGGUGGUGAUGGGGGUGGUGCUGCAGGGAGCCAACCUCUAUGGCUACAUCAGGUGUAAAGUUGGCAGCAGGAAGAACCUGACCAGCUUGGCAACCAACUACCUGGGGAAGCAGUUCCUGCGGCAGACCAUGGCUACAGAGGACCAAGCAGCAUCCUGAGUGUGGUGGGAGCCUCCAGCCAGGCUGCAUUCCCAGCACUGACCAACAGAGAAGGUUGCUCUGACCAAUUUGGGAGCUGUACACAAGGUGUGAAUCAAAAGAAGUAAAUAAAUUGUGCAAGACUUGAGGUUAGCACUCCUGGCAAAUUAUAUUCCAUUUUCCAAUAGCAGUUUGUGUUUAAGUCCUCUCUUUAGUUUGAUUAACAAGAAUUAAUUUGCUUAAACUUUAAAUUGAACGAUAGCCUGAGUGGGUUUCAUACAGGUGUAGAACUACUGGAUGAGUUAAGAGAAAAUUGCUGGAGAUUCUUCAGAAAAGCCAUGUACAAGCUGAGCCUUGGGAACUCUGCUGCUCCUUCAGCACUUGGUGCCUGCGUACUUUCAGUUAUGGACAGGUUUUGCUCUUGGAGGUUGUUGCUGCUUUUGUUACAGUGUGGGGAGUGAUUUUUUGGCCCUGCAUCCCUCACUGUGUGACUGGAAUGGCGCUGAGUGGCCAGGGAGGGAGGCCAUCUGAAGGAGAUGGAGCUGCUGGGAAGAUCCCCGAAGUCUCAUGGCAGCUGCAGGAUGUGACCUGUGAGCAGGCCCUGGUUUUCUGAAGCAUUCACAGGCUUGGGGAGCAUCCUAAAGCCCUGGAUCUGUGGGAAUACCUGCAGGCCUAGGCCUGUCUGAAGAGAGUGGCAAGAGUAGAACCAGUUUCCAGGGAAGGCUGCAGCCCCAUUCCAGCCAGGGAAGAGAGCAGCCCUUGUCUGCCUGGCCUGGCACACUGGGGCCAUGGGGCCAUUCCUCAGGCCAGGAGGGUGUGGGGAUGUGACCAGCAGUUCCUUGGCACAGGGCUGGGACUGGCAGGGUGUUCCCCUCCUGCAGCCCAUGCUCUGUGCUGUCCCCCAGCUCCCCGAGGAGUCUGAGCUGGGGAAUGUGUGGGAUGGUGGCUGGAGUGCUGAGUGGGAGGGCAGUGGGGUGUUCUGAGCUCGUCUCUGCAGAGGGGUCAGUUCCUUCUCCUGGGCUUCUGUCCCUGGAGCUUGUGCUUCCACAGCAGCAGCUGCUGAACGCUCUGGGUGAGGAAUUGUAAAUGAAGAAUGGGGUUUCUUUCUGACUGCUGGGUGCUGCUGGGAAUUGCGGGGUUGCAUUAGCCUGGUUCCUCUCCCUGUGCUCCGCAGUACUGGCAGCUGUACAUUUGUUUAACUUUUUGGAUUGAUACCUUCCUUUUGUAAAUACAUAUUUAUAAAAUCUUGAAAUUAAAAUACUGCCUUGUUUAACCAGCCCAGACUUCCA